AUGGGUCAGGCACAGCAAACAGAGAACGCUGAGGAAAUUGAUGUCAAAGCACUUCAGGAUAUGUACAAAAAAUUUGUUAUGGAGUGCCCAAGUGGACUACUUUUCCUGCACGAGUUCAAGCGCUUCUUUGGUGUAGACCCAACAGGUGAAGCAUCCGAAUAUGCAGAGAAUAUGUUUCGAGCUUUCGAUAAAAAUGGGGACAAUACAAUUGAUUUCCUUGAGUUUGUAGCAGCACUGAAUCUUGUUUUUCGGGGAGACCUGGAGCACAAACUGCGAUGGUCAUUCAAGGUGUAUGACAAAGACAGCAAUGGCUAUGUGGACAGGGAUGAGCUGCGGUCAAUAAUUGAUAGUAUCUAUCGGGUGAAGAAAGGCACAAAGACAGACAUGAGUGAUUCACAGCUUACAGUAGAUGAGGUUGUGGAUCGAAUAUUGCAGGCCGUUGAUAGUGAUGGAGAUGGUCACAUUAACAUGGAGGAGUUCAUUAGAGGGGCACAGCAGGACCCCUGGGUGCUCAGCAUGUUGAAGUUGGACAUGAAUCCUGCUGCAUGGGUGCUGGAGCAGAGGAGAAGGAGUGCACACUUUUGA